UCAGCAGACGCAUGGACGACCAAGAGAAGAAACGAUUCUCGAUGAUCCUCGUUGAUUCGGCGGCAGUAGCGGCGGACGCGCGCUAGUGUCGGCAUCGGCUGUGUUGCUGUUGCUGUUUGCUGCUGCUGACUGCCUGUGCUGGCUGCUAGUUGUUGCUGAUUAUUCCUUUUCAUCAUUAUCAUCAUCAUCAUCAUCAUCAUCAUCAUCAUCAUCAUCAUCAUCACCAUCACCAUCGUCGUCGUUGUCGUCGUCGUCAUUGUCGUUGUUAUCCUUCAUCCUCAUUAUCAUCAUCAUCAUCAGCAUCAUUGCCAUCUUCAUCUUUAUCAUCAUCGUUUUCUUCUCCUCAUCUUUAUUUCUCUCUUCGUCAUCUUUGACCAUCCGAUCGAAUUCUCAACGAUUUCACUUGAAUGAGUGGCCUCAACCCUUCUGUUUCUCAUCAUCGAAUCGUCUAAAACGUUGCCAGGAGUAACCAAGAAAAGUAUCAGAAGAAAGAGAACCGGUUCUCAUCGGCGUGGGAAGAAGCGGCACGAGUACGAAGAAGAUAACGCGACGCGAGUACGACACGCGAGUUUUCCUCGAGGAUUCUUUCUAAUUUGAAGAAAAACGAAAGAGAGAGAGAAAGAGAGAGAGAGAGAGAGAGAGAGAGAGAGAGAGAGAAAGAGGAAAGAAAGAAAGAGAAAAAGAGAGAGAGAGAGAGAGAGAAGACAUAUCUUUUCUCUCGAUCAUCGAGAUGAGCUCGUCCACUUUUGCGGGGAGCUCGGAAGCCGGGAUAUCAGGAUUUUGUGCCGCGCCUCCACCACCCCCACCACCGCCACCAGUGCCCGGUCAAAUGCCAAGUAUGAGGAUCAGUACUGCCGAGGCAUCGGCUACGAAAAGGGCCCAAUUACCGGCCAAUUCAGACACCGUCUACGAACCACCAAUAGCCAUUCAAAAUGCAAUUUUAACGAAGGACAAGAAACCCUUCACCUAUACGCCUGGUAUGGGCGGUAAACUAGAUCUCUCUCAAAUUCGAAGUCCACGUAUGGCUCGAAGAGUAGCAAAGAACGCGAACGACGAGGGCAUAGAAGGGCCACCGAAGUCGGCCCUUGAAUCGAAACCAGUGCAACAAACGACUGGCGCGAGUCUCUUUGUUCAGCCGCAAGUCGCCGUUCCGGUUUUCCCAGUGAAUGCUCCACCUCAGCCUCCGGUCAAUAGAAACCCGCAAGUGCCGAUUCUCAAUAGAGUGCCUUCAAAUGCCGGAGAUAGACAAGUGGAACAGACAACCAAAAUCGGUGCCAAAGAGGAGACAAAAGUGACUCCUAUCCAGAUUACUAAUGUUCAACCGAAUACACCCGAGAGUCCCGGUACUCCCCAAGUGACAUUGGCGAAGGCACCAACGCCUUGGUUACAAAAUAAGAACAAGCAACAGGAAGAAUUACCGGAGUGGGCGAAACGUUCGAGCGUCAAUAAAACCGCGAACUCAUCACCCGAGUAUAGCCCGUCCACGCAACCAACCUACGCUACGGCGAAAAACUUAGAGCAAAAUCAGCAAUGGCAGCAACCUCAGCAAAGACAGCAAACGUCUCAACAACAGCAACAAAGGCAACCUCAACCACAGAGUCCACCCUAUCAACAGAAACGUCAAGUGUCUAGUCCUACCGUUCAGCAACAACAAGAACGUCAAGCUAUGAUCAAUCAGCAAGUUCAGCAACAAGAACGAGUCAUACCGAUCCGUAUCGAAGAUAGACCAUCGGUGUUUGCGGUAAAACAAGAACCCGGGCAUCAUCAAUUCAAAACACAACCGAGUGUACAUCAUCAACAACGAUGGGGCCAAACGAGUCCUCAGAAUCAAAUUCAACAACCACAGAUCUAUAUACCAUCUUCUCCGCAAACUCCACAGACACCAUCUUACGUCAUCCCUGUCAUGGUCGAAAGUGAUGAUAGGAGAACGAACGUAACACCUGUCAGCAAUGUUCAACAAUCUAAUAUUAGAAUGAAUCCCGUGAGAGGUGACCCUGCAAAAAUUAUCGUCCAACAAAGAGGUCAAACGCCAGUUCAAGAACCAGGACCACUUCAAUCUCGAUCCUUCCGCGUUCUUCAAAAGAUCACCGAUACAGAUUCCUCAAACGACAUUGAUACCGAACAAUUACGUAAAUUACAACUUACCGAGGACGAUAGGAUCUUAAUGAAUAAAUUCAAAGAACAAGUCGACGGUGAUAAUUAUCUACAUCAAGAGGAAGAUCCUAGAUAUCGUGGUGCAGCGAUACCAUCGCGUGCUUUUAGAUUUUUACAAAACAUGACCGACUCUGGCGAGAUCUCAGCGGCAGCUACGAUGCCACGAGUACAGAAUGCCGCAAAUAAAAAACAAAAUAGAAACUCGAAAACCUUUGAAGACGUGCAAUCAAAUUUACCACCGAGCGAGCAACAAGUACCCGAGCCAAAAAAAUAUAUGGGCAGCGCGAUACCAUCGCGAUCCUUCAGAAUAUUGCAAGCUAUGACAGCACCUGAGAACGUCGCCACGCAAGAAAAUCGUCAAGCAGAUUACACCUGCCAAACUGAGAAUAACGUGCCGGGCAAUCAGCACGGUGUAUUUAUUCCUGGUUGUCCAGCACCACCACCACCUCCUUCUCCUUAUUGGAAUCCAGACGUUUGGUGGGGUUAUUAUCAUCCAAUACAAUAUCCCACACUUUCUAAUCCGAAUGAUCCAAAUCCGAUGAAAAUACCAUUCGAUCCGUACGUUUAUCGUCGUUACGACGAUGGAAACGCAUACGUUUUCUAUCCGUUUUACCAACAGAAUUACAUACCUUGCGAUAAUUUCGAACUAGAAAAUAAUAUUUAUCCGCAAUACGCGGUACAUUGUCAACCACCAAUUCAGCAAGUCAAAGAAACAAUCUGUACAGAAGCUAAUUCUAAUUCUAUAAACGAAGAAAAUUCAAUUUCAACGUCAAACGAUAAAAAUGUAUUUACUGAAGAACAUUGGCGAGAAAUGAACGAUGUAUCAAAGGUAACGAUUAACGAGAAGGCAAACGAUCGUCUUACUACGACCUUGAAUAUCGUAGAGGAGGAAGAAGAACGGAACAUACCAAAGGGAAUCCCUGGACACUUUGACAAAACGAAGAUUACCGUACCAAAUUACACGUACGUCGACAGUAGCGACUCGAGCGAAUCAGAUUCGGAGAGUUCCUCGUCUUCUUCUUCUUCUUCUGUCUCUUCUAGCAAGUUGACAAAGAGCAGGAAUAAUGACACGACUACAAACGACACGAUAUCUGAAAGUGAUUCGGAUUCUUAUUUAGCUUACUCGACGGGCUUAAAUCCACAUGGGAAAUCUGAGAUUAAUGAUCAACUGGAUAAGAUCAACGAUAAAGAACUUCCAGAGAUUGUUAAUGGUCAAACACGUUCGGAGAAUACCAUUUCUAGCUGCGAUUCACAAAAUGAAGAUGACGAAGAAGAGGAGGAGAAUGAGGAUUAUAGUUUAGAAUCGUUGAAAAGCGAUCCCGUAAUACCAGCUCAUAGAUUGAGUGUUAUUUACGAGGAUACCGAACACGUCGAAGUUGAAAUACCCUGUCCAAGGAAAAUUAGGGAUAGCGUAAAGUUGAACAACGAGAUACCUUGUGAAGCUACGGACGAUCCACCCGACGAGGUUGACACUACUGUCAGCGUUAGUCUACCUUUGAGAUUUAAAUUCUCUGUAUCUGAGAACAACGAAGACGUUACCACGGUUAUCGUAGGUGAUAGUAAAAUAAAAUCCGAAAAAAGUCGAGCUUCGAGUCUCGAAGAAAAUCAUCGAUCAAUGGAAGAAGAAACUACAGUAGAUUUUACAUUGAAGAGACCAGGAACAAUGGCGAAAUCUACGAAGGAAAUUGAAAAGGUUUUAAUGAACGAGAAAACCGAAGACACAGCACACGUUAAUUUUACCUUAAGAAAAGUACCUACUAAAGUUAACAGAGUGAAUUGCGAUGAAUCCAUUGAAACAGAAUUUACGAUUAGGUCAAAGAAAGUCGACGUUACCAGUCACGUUAGAAAGGAGAAGAGGAAGCUCGAUGGUGAAAGGCAAAGAGAAAAAAUCGUAAAAAAUAAUCAAGAUCGAUCGAGUCCCGUGUCGAUUGAUAAAAAUGAUCUGAUAAAUAUCGAUGAUAAAAUAAUAGAACCGGAAAUUGUAGUCUCCGAGUGUAUUUGGGACGAGGAUAAAGAAAAUUCGAAAAAUUUAAUAAAAGGAAAAAAGGAUGAUCGUAAAAUCGUAGAUGAAGAGGGAAAUUCAACCAAGGAUAUCAAUCAACAGGAAGAUGAAAGUUACGUCGAAUUGGAAGUCGAACGUAACGGUAAAGAAACGAAACAUUUAUUGAGCGUACAAAAUUCUCGAGAGGAGACAGACGACGAAGAUAGCGGCGUGACGUCGGACAUGAGCCGAAUGAUAUCCGAAGUGGACACAGAUUCCGAGUGUACGUCUACGAAGAAUUUAAGAAAAUAUCAAAGAACACAAACGCAUUCGCGUCUUUUCAGGUUACUCAACGACGAUUCGAUCUUGACAGAAGAUACAACGGAAGUUGCCGAUGGUGAAUUGGGUUCUUCGCCGUUGAAGAGAGAAUACCUUAGUUUACCAUUGAAUACACACGCGUUCAAUUACGACGAGAAUUAUUGUUCGAACUAUUCGAGCGGAUUAACAUCGCCCGAAUAUUCACCGAUAUGCGAACAAUCAUGGAGAAAAUUAAAUGAAUCCGAAUUGGAUUCCAAUCGGCAGCUUGGUCAACAGCAACGUCCAGAUAGAAAUAUUUCCAAAGAUGAUCCAUAUUACAAAGCAUGGAAAAGUCCAAAAGCAAAUAAUAAUCACGAUCAAACUCAUGAAGUUUUACCGUCUAUGGCAUUUAAAAUACUCGAAAGUAAAAUUCCUUAUUGGACGUAUAAGGUCAACGUUCUUUGUCCACGCAUCAAAAGUACCAAAAGCGUUCCCCAGACUUUACAAGGAUGCAAGACGAACGGAUCGAGCGGCCCAUCAUCGGUUGUUAGAUCUUCACCAACGACCCUUCCCCUAUCCUACGUCGAAAACGACCAUUGCUGAUGGCCCGGGGCAGAGUGAGGCCGUGUUUGGCCGCGAGCAACCGGUCCACGGAACGAGCUUCGCGCAACUUUUCUCGAAAUUCGCAACGACUGGGCGACUAAUGCCCGGGGAGCUACAGGCUAUGUGAUUUUUUUUAUAUCGGACCCGAUGCAACCGAUUACUGAAUGCAGAUAUCGGUGUUAUGAUACUUAGGAAAGCUGCUGCGUUAUUAGUGUGUUUUAUUUUUUGUCUCUUUUCCUUUCUUGCCUUUUCUUUUUUUCUGUCUUUCUUUCUUUCUUUCUUUCUUUUUUUUUUGUUUAUCUUCUAUACAUAUUAAUAUAAUCGUCUGUAUCGUACAUAUCGA